AUGGAAACGUCGGUUACGAUGAGAGAACACGCGCCGGGGGUACGGGAUCGAGCGCGUUUGCAGGAUGGUGUUUGGUCACAGGUGGUUAACGUUAAAGACGUAGCGAACGCUCACAUUCGAGCGUUUGAGAAUCCAAAAGCUAAUGGAAGAUACUGUUUAGUGGAAAGAGUUGAUCACUACUCUGAAGUUGUUAACAUCUUGCAUGAUCUUUACCCUGAUUUUCUACUUUCUGAGAAGUGUGCUGAUGAGAAAAUAUAUAUUCCAACAUACAAAGUGUCUAAAGAGAAAGCAGAGUCUCUUGGGAGUUGA